AUGCCAAAACGUACCAGUUAUGACGGCGGUGUGGCCGACCAGGUCGGUGUGCUCGUGAAGAAUGAACGGCAGCGGCGCUCCUGCAGCAACGAACUUGGACGCGUAUACGCACAGGGACAGGAAUCCAACUCCUGCCUGAAGGGCGAAAAGCCAGACCGCCCAUUUGCUGUCUGCCAUAUGCAGCAUGUUCACCAGCACCGAACGCCUGGCGACCUCAGUCGCGUCGAAUCCCGUGUUGUACAGCACCCCCAAGUGCGCGAGGAUGAAAACGACCACGUAAAGCAUGGCGCGGUAAUAGGGGUCAGCGGCGAAUGCGAUCAGCAUAGGCGCCUCGCUGUUCGUCGGCUUCUCACUGCUCUUCCCCAUGUUGCACGAGUGGUAAGGCCUGAACGAGUUUUCGGUCGUUUAGCUUGUCUUGCAGUUCGUGUACGGUGCACCAAGCGUGAUCGACGAUCGGCUGCAUUAAGGUACCUUGUUGCCCUUUAUGUCGGACUCUCCGUUAACAUUCUGGACCGGCAGGGUCCGGUGAAAGAAUGGCGCGUAUCCGAUAAAAUACGGAUUCUGCCCUUUCUGUGUACGCCUCCUGGUCGGCCGGAACGCAAUCUCCUUAGCCAGGAGCUCGUCGAGUUCCUCCGUGACUUCCACGGCGGUCUCGUUUUCCGUGUUGGUGGACGUGAGCUUACGCUCCUUGGAAGGUGUUAUUUUGUGCGUGAUUUUGCUCUCGAUGGUGGAGAGCUUCGGCACGUUGAGCUGGGCGGGGAUCCUCUUGGCCAUCAGGUUGCGGCAGACGCUCAUGUACUUGGUGACGUGCUGCUCGGUGGAGAAAGCGACCACGGGGCAGGUGGGUUUGCAGCCAGAAAUGUAGUGGGUCAGGCUACCGUCAGCGGAGAAGCUGAGGAUGGCAGCUGCCUUGAUCUCCAUGGCGACCAAAGCGGCGGCGCGGGCAAGAGCCUCCUCCUGAGAGAGGGUUUUGCGCGUGGCGGCAAUGGCGUUGGCGAACUGCUUGCGGCUGGCGACACAGUUUUCGGCCUCGAAGCAGAGCUUGGACAUGAUCUCGACACAGUCCACCGGGUACUUGCCGCCGGCGGAUUCGCCAGAAAGCAUGACACAGUCAGUACCGUCCAAAACAGCGUUGACGACAUCGGACGACUCAGCCCUGGUCGGCCUGGGGUUGUUGACCAUGGACUCGAGCAUCUGGGUGGCGGUGAUGACGGGCUUGGAGGCUUCGUUGCACUUCCUGAUCAUGUAUUUCUGCGCGAUGCAGACCUUCUCGACCGGGAUUUCCAUACCGAGGUCACCCCUGGCAAUCAUGACACCAUCGGCUUCGGCGAGGAUGGCGUCGAAGUUGCGCAGACCCUCCAUGUUCUCGAUCUUGGGGAUGACCUUGAUGUGCUUGCCGGCUUCGCCCAACACGCGCCUGCACUCUUUGAUGUCGUCAGCGGACUGAGCGAAGGACAGGGCGAUGAAGUCGAAGUUGUUGGGGACGGCGAACUGCUGGAUGUCGUUGAUGUCCUUCUCGCCGAGGACGGGAAGGUCAACCUUGACACCGGGGAGGUUCAUGUUCUUCUUCUCGCCGAUGGUGGCGUUGUUGAGAACCUUGACGACGAUGUGGUCGCUGAACUUCUCCAUGACCUCACAGGUGAGGCUACCGUCGGCAAUGAGGAUCCUGCUGCCAACCUGCACGGACUCAGUGAGCUUGGGGUACGAGCACGCAAUGCACUCGUUGUCGCCCUCGUAGGUGUAGUCGGUGGUGAUCUUAAGGGACUGGCCGUGCACGAGGUUGAUGGCCUUGUGCUCCUUGAGGAGACCGGUUCUGAUCUCAGGUCCCUUGGUGUCGAGCAUAAGACCGACGUUGGCGUGCGGGCGCUGCUCCAUGGCACUGUGUACCUUCAUGAGCAUCUCCUUUUGCGACUGGUGGUCUCCGUGUGA